AUGGCAAACGAACCAGCAAACCUGCCCGAGGGCAUCUUCUCCCUCUUAGACACGGAUCUGUACAAGCUGACUAUGCAAUGUUGCAUACUGAAGUUCUUCCCCAAUGUCUCAGUCACCUAUGGCUUCACAAAUCGCACACCUGAUAAGAAGCUCAGUCGCGCAGCCUUCAAGUGGUUACAAGCCCAAGUAGAUAAACUCGAAAAUGUAGCCGUAUCCGACGAAGAACUCAACUUCCUCAAGAACACCUGCCCCUACCUGAACGCGCAAUACCUCCAUUUCCUCUCUACCUUCCGCCUCAAGCCUUCUCAACAGCUCAAGCUAUCCUUCCAACCCGCGAAUGACACUGGUUCCGACAGCGACUUCGGCGAUUUCCACAUCCACACUGAGGGUCUUUGGCUAGACACCAUUCUGUACGAGAUUCCCUUACUGGCGCUUGUCAGUGAGGCAUACUUCAAGUUUGUCGAGACAGACUGGAGCCAUGCGGGCCAGGUUGAGAAGGCUUACCAAAAGGGGCGGGCUCUGUUGGAAGGAGGAUGCAUCUUCUCCGAGUUUGGCUCACGGAGGCGUCGUGACUACCACACCCAAGAUCUAGUCCUGCAGGGUUUGCGUCGGGCGGUUGAUGAGGGUGACAAAGCAGGAUGGAAAGGUAAACUUUCAGGUACAAGCAACGUUCACUUCGCCAUGAAGCAUGGUCUUGUCCCUGUAGGCACGGUCGCGCACGAGUGGUUCAUGGGCGUGGCUGCGAUUACGAACAACUACGAGAGCGCAAACGAGAUUGCCCUAGAGUACUGGACAGCGACAUUCGGCGCAGGCGUCUUGAGCAUCGCACUUACAGACACGUUUGGCACACCAGCCUUCCUCAGAGCCUUCAAGAAGCAGAUUCCACGCAUUACCACAGCCAUCCCAGGAGGUGGCACAACUCUGGCGUCAGCUGGAGAUACCACCAACAACGAUGCCGUAGAAACAAUGUCCUCAACCAAGCCACCUAUCCAGGCACCGUACGACGGAAACCUAGGAUCGCGGCGUACCUAUGCCGAAGUAUUCGCAGGCGUGCGACAGGAUUCUGGGGACCCAUUAGAUUUCAUCAAGAUGAUGCGUGAAUUCUACGACCAGGAAGGCAUCAAGGAUAGGAAAACGAUCGUAUUCUCCGACUCUUUGAACCUUGAACUCUGCUUCAAAUACAAGGCUGCAGCAGAAGCGGCAGGUUUCCAGCCUACGUUCGGUGUUGGAACAUUCUUGACAAAUGAUUUUAUAGAACAGUCAACAGGCAAGAAAUCUAUACCCCUCAAUAUCGUAAUCAAGAUCGCUUCCGCGGCGGGGCGUCACGCCGUCAAGAUCAGCGACAACAUCGGCAAGAAUACCGGAGACAAGGCGACAGUAGAUGAAGUCAAGCAGCGACUAGGCUACCAGGAGAAGUCGUGGGCUGGCGGUGAUGAGAAGACGCGGUGGGGUAGUGCAGGACAGCCAGCCACUAGGUAG